AUGGCUUCUAACUGGGUGCGCGAUGAGGAUGAUGUGGAGGAGGAGGAGGACGAGAUUGAUGACACUGACUACAAAUCCAGCAAAGAUGCAGUCCUCUUUGCUAUUGAAGUUAGCGAGUCAAUGCUGACUCCUCCACCUGACUCUAAGUCUAAGAAGGCGGAUAAGGAUGCACCAAUUACCGCUGCGUUGAAGAGUGCAUACCAUAUCAUGCAGCAGAGAAUUAUAUCUAACCCUCAGGACAUGAUGGGCGUCUUAUUAUAUGGGACAAAGGGCUCGAAAUUUUAUGACGAAGAUGAGGAGGGCAGAGGCACACUCCCAUAUCCUCAUUGCUACUUGUACACGGACCUAGAUGUUCCAGCCGCCGCUGACGUCAAGGACUUGCGAGCCUUGGCUGAGGACGAGGACAGCGGCGCAGAGAUAUUGAUUCCCUCCGAGGAACCUGUCACAAUGGCAAAUGUGCUGUUCUGCGCCAACCAGAUCUUUACCUCGAAAGCAGCCAAUUUCUCUUCUCGGCGGCUCUUCAUCAUUACGGACAACGAUAAUCCACAUCAAAAUGAAAAGGCGCUCAGGUCGGCAGCUACCGUUAGAGCGAAAGAUUUGUAUGACCUUGGAGUGAUUAUAGAAUUAUUCCCAAUCUCCAGGCCAGGUGAAGAGUUUGACCGUUCAAAAUUCUAUGCUGUGAGAUUACCUAAAUGUUACAUGCGAUUUUAUAUCAUCUUUAACCCUUUCAAUAGGACAUCAUCUAUACGGCCUCUCCAACUGACCCGGAAGCUCCUGCAUUUCCGCAAGUUGCAACCAAGUCUUCAACCUCAGGUGGAGAUGGUAUCACACUUUUGA